CGCGGCGCGCCACUUCCGCGUGCAUGGCUCUGCUGCCGCGGGUCUGCAGCGCGAGCUGGCGGCGGGCGGCGCGCGCCUUCCUCGGCCUCCCGCUACCCGCGCCCGCCCGCGCCCCGCGCGCCCUGUCCCGCGCCAUGGCUGGCACGCAGAAGCCGCAGCCGCACUGCCCGCCGCCCGCCGCCGCCUGCUACGACUACCUGGUGAUCGGGGGCGGCUCGGGCGGGCUGGCCAGCGCGCGUAGGGCGGCAGAGCUCGGCGCCAGGGCCGCCGUGGUGGAGAGCCACAAGCUGGGUGGCACUUGCGUGAAUGUUGGAUGUGUACCCAAAAAGGUAAUGUGGAACACGGCUGUCCACUCUGAAUUCAUGCACGAUCAUGUUGAUUACGGUUUUCAAAGUUGUGAGGGUAAAUUCAACUGGCGUGUCAUUAAGGAAAAGCGAGAUGCCUACGUGAGCCGCCUGAACACCAUAUAUCAAAACAAUCUAACCAAGUCCAAUAUAGAAUUCAUCCACGGCCACGCAGCAUUCACAAAUGAUCCCAAGCCCACGGUAGAGGUCAAUGGGAAAAAAUACACCGCUCCUCACAUCCUGAUUGCCACAGGUGGUGUGCCCUCCAGUCCCCACGAGAGCCAGAUCCCUGGUGCCAGCCUUGGAAUAACCAGUGAUGGAUUUUUUCAACUAGAAGAAUUGCCUAGAUUUAUGACUUACAAUUUUAUCACAGUUUUUAAGAAGUGUGCUUUACAAUACUUCGUUUCUAAAUUGAAGCAUUACGAUGGUGACGUCAAGGAGGUUAAAAAGACUUCAUCAGGCUUGGAACUUCUCAUGGUUACUUCAGUUCCUGGUCGGAAACCCACCGUGACCACAAUUCCAGAUGUUGACUGCCUGCUCUGGGCCAUCGGGCGGGACCCAAACUCCAGGGGUUUGAAUUUACACAAAGUGGUACUUAGAAGUUUCGAUUCCAUAAUCAGCACCAACUGCACGGAAGAGCUGGAGAAUGCUGGCGUGGAGGUGCUAAAGUUCUCCCAGUACGCAGUUGGGGAUGUGUGUGGAAAAGCUCUCCUUACUCCAGUUGCAAUAGCUGCUGGCCGAAAACUUGCCCAUCGACUUUUUGAAUGCAAAGAGGAUUCCAAAUUAGACUAUGACAACAUCCCAACUGUGGUCUUCAGUCACCCUCCUAUUGGCACAGUGGGACUCACAGAGGAUGAGGCCAUUUGUAAAUAUGGGAAAGAAAAUGUGAAGACCUAUUCCACCACCUUUACUCCAAUGUAUCACGCGGUUACCAGAAGGAAAACAAAAUGUGUGAUGAAAAUGGUCUGUGCCAACAAAGAGGAAAAGGUUUGGAAAAAUCCAGUAAACUAA